UUGUCUGAAGGCGCCGUCUAAUAGCACGAAGCAACAUGUAUCGGCAAGUUUAAACAAUUAACAAAACAAAUGUUUCAUUGUUUAGUAAUGGUAUAAAGAGAUAGAUAAAAGCUGGCUAGCUUGGAAGACAUCGAGUGAGCAGUUCAGUCGUUUUUGAACCAUCUAUGCUACUAAAUCGUGCGAUGGAAAGAGUGAUCCUGAUCGUGUUGCUUGCGGGCGUUUGUGUCUUUGCAAGACCAUCACAGGAAGAUUCUGGAGAAUGUGAUGUUGCCAGUUCGCAUCGAUUGGAGUGCGGCUGGCUUGGUAUUGAUGARCAAACCUGCUUAAACAGAGGUUGUUGCUGGGACUCAAGCGACCGUAAUGCAAAGUUCUGCUUUGUCAAGAAAGGACAACACCUUCUUGAAGGACAGUGUCCCGUUGCGCCUUCUGAACGCCAGGAGUGUGGUUACAGCGGUAUUACCAGAGACGAAUGCCUCAAAAAAUACUGCUGCUGGGAUGACUCGGUACCUAAUGCCAAAUGGUGCUUCAAAGAGCCAAAUUUGCCUCCUGCCGGCUGCUAUAUCUAUCAUGGUGUGUCUGGGGUCUGUCGUUACACUUGUCACGCUGAAGAGAGCAAGGCUUAUGGGAUGUCUUUUUGCAGUGGACGAAUUUGCUGCUACAAAAAAACUU